AUGAACCCGACCCUCAAAUCCCCAACAUCUUCUCUCUACUCGGAGGCCAAGAGCAGCCACGUGUUGACGAGAAAUGAGAACUGCUUCCUCGUCAGGCACACGCCUCAUCCCAGAAGAGUCUGCCACAUCAAAGGUUUGAACAACAUCCCGAUCUGCACUGUGAAUGAUGAUGAGGUCCCACUUAGAAUGUUGUGUGGCCCUGGCUCCUUUAGCCUCUUAGAGGGGAAUGAGACACCUUUAGCCAAAUUGAGCAAUUCACCCACCACCACAGCCCUGGAGAGCCCCGCCCCAGAGCUGUCACCUGUCCAAAACAAAGUUCCUGCAAGACCUCAGUCUGAGCCAUUUAGAAAUACCAACAACUGCUUCAAGACUUCCCGAGACAAUCCCUUAGUGAUUAAGAAGGAUGCAUUGAAAGACAAAAACAUGCCAGUGCCUCCAAGGAUGUGCUCUGCUGCUGGCUCCCCAGCCUCAGAAGUGAUGAGCAUCAAGCCUGAUGAGAAUGAAAACACUGUGUGCAUACCAAACUAUCUGAAUCAGGAGAUAAAAAUCCUGGCAAAGCUCUGUGACAUUUUACACACCGAUUCGCUGGCAGAAGUCCUGCAGUGGCUGCUUCACGCAAGUACCAAAGAAAAGGAGUGGGUGUCGGCUUUGGUUCAUUCUGAACUAGCUGAGAUUAACAUGUUGACUCGUCACAGAAGAACUACCCCAGCAGAACCAGCGGCAAAGCCCAAGAAGCCAUCCUUAGCUGGAACACCCACCACAGCCAAAUCGAUGCAAACUUCACCUGCAAAAUCCAAAGUGCUGACCAGAGCUACAGAGGGGCAUCAGCCGCCCAGAAUGCCAAGUCAAGGAUCUGAAGGCAAUAAAGCGGUAUCACAAGGGGUUGAGACCCCAUUGUAUAUAAGAAAAAACAAGAUGAAAAUACCUGUUACAGAGUAUUUCAGCAAACCAAAGCCUCCUCUCAGUUUCAGCACCCAGGACAAUGGAUCAGCAAAGCCAAUGUCAGCAAGGAGUGUCCAAGAAUACACUCACCAAAGAGCCAUCUGUCCUUCAACACACCAAAGGUAGAAAUGAACGCGGGCCAGCUCUUUCACAAAGAUGAACUUCACACGGACAGAACAUCAAAAAUACUGUAAAAA